UACCAACCUUCAUUAUAUGGAGAAGAAGAAGUACUGUUGUUAGCCUGCUAUGCUAACAUCCAACAGAACAUGAUGCUACUCGGCUAAAUGCUUUCGGAUCAAGUCUUCUACUACACACGUGGUUUUGUUGCGUUUCUAACAAUUGUCGGCAGAAGUGAAGCAAGUCGCCAUCUUCCGUAUUCGGUCUUCGCUGCGUUCUCGGAGAAGUUAGCUUCACUAAAGCGUUUGAAUGGAAAUGUCUACAAUCCAGAGUUUAAGACAGUUUAUCAACGAGAGGUUACAAACUGCUGCUGAAGACAUAUUAGGAUGUUUUGAAGCGACUGUCGCAAAGUACGAGGAUGAGAUCGGUCGUCAGCGCAGACUGCUGGAUGUAACUUUGAAACCUGUAGUAAAGCUGCAGAGAAUAGAGCUCCCACAGCGACAUGUCUGUAUCAAGGAAGAGUUUCCUGCUGACCUGCUGGAGAGGAACCCCAGUCCAGACCAAGAGGAGCCAGAACCUCCACAGAUUAAGGAGCAACAGGAGGAGCACUGCAUCGAGCUCCCAGAGCAACAUUUUCUUAAAGAGGAAGAGUUUCCUGCUGACCAGCAGCUCUGGAGCCUUGAGAGGAACCCCAGUCUGGACCAAGAGGAGCCAGAACCUCCACAGAUUAAAGAGGAGGAGGAGCUCUGCACCAGUCUGGAAGUAGAGCAGCUUGUACUGAAGCAGGAGGAUCAAGAUAACCUUUUGUUGAAUCCUACUUUCAAGGAAAGUGACCACAGUGAACCAGAACCAAGUGACCACCAGCUCCUCUCCCACAGCUCAGCUCAGAGCCAAGAUCUCAAAGGAGGCCAGCAUGGAAACUCAACAUCAGUUAGUAAUGCAGAGCAGGCAUCAGAAAAGGAACAUCAUGUCAUCACAAGAGCAAAAGGGAGCACAAGUCCCAGUAACCUUGCAUGUAGCACUACCAUGUCAAAGAUUGUGCCGAACAUCUGCAAGAGUAAAAAGAAUUUCCAGUGUGACACUUGUGGAAAAGUCUUUAAGUGGAAGUCACUGUUAAAAAGACAUUUGAGAGUCCACACAGGGGAGAAACAGCAUUCUUGUGAAAUGUGUGCAAAAAGUUUCAAAACUAGCACAAAUUUGAAGAUCCACGAGGCAACACACACGGGCAACAAACCUUUUUCUUGCAGAACUUGUGGGAAAUGUUUUACGCGUGUAAAUAACCUGCAGGUCCACGAGAGAACACACACGAGCGGGAAACCUUUUUCUUGCAAAACUUGUGAGAAAAGUUUUUCAACUAGACAAACACUGAAGAUACACGAGAGAAUGCACACAGGCGAGAAACCUUUUUCUUGCAAAACUUGUGGGAAAAGUUAUACAAAUAGAAAAACACUGAAGAUACACGAGAGAACGCACACAGGCGAGAAACCUUUUUCUUGCAAAACUUGUGGGAAAAGUUUUAGUAUGAGAAAUACCCUGCAGAGACACGAGAGAACGCACACGGGCGAGAAACCUUUUUCUUGCAAAACUUGUAGGAAAAGUUUUAGUCUUAGAAGUUACCUUCAGGUCCACGAGAGAACGCACACGGGCUUGAGACCUUUUUCUUGCAAAACUUGUGGGAAAAGAUUUAGGCGUGUAUAUACCCUACAGAUCCACGAGAGAACGCACACGGGCGAGAAACCUUUUUCUUGCAAAACUUGUGGGAAAAGUUUUACGCGUGUAAAUUACCUGCAGGACCACGAGAGAACUCACACGGGCGAGAAACCUUUUUCUUGCAAAACUUGUGGGAAAAGUUAUACACGUGGAUGUAGGUUGAAAGUCCACAUGAGAAGCCAUAAAGGUGAGGAGUCGUAUCCAUGUACAACUUGUGGGGAAAGAUUUGUUAGCAAAUCACUUCUAACAAAACAUUUGAGUGCCCACACAUAGCAACUCUGAUAUUUUUGUAAAAUGUUGGAAACGUCUGAUUUGCCAGUUUAUACAAAGUCCACAGGAGAAUACAUCCAUUUGAGAAGCCACACCAUGGCAACACGAGAGGGAUACGAUUUGCUCAAGCGUUGUCAAAGAAGUUGUUACUUAGUUAUUGAUUCAUUAAAACGACACUGGAAAUGUUUCCAGGGGACCAAAAAAGUGAUGAACCUAGUUGUAGUUCAAUGCUUUAUGAAGUUCCAUCACCACUGAUGAGGAGCAGACUUCAAUAACUUCACAAAGCAUUGAACUACAGCCAGGUUCAUCACUUAGAUCUGCACAAGAGAGAUUGUCUACAUUUGCAUUAGCUGCAUCUCUGUAACUGAAUGUGGAAAAUAUCCCAUUGAGGAGACAUCACAAUAUCUUUGAUGCAGUACAUGGUCAACAACAUUUGCUGAAGUACCCACGUUUCUGUUCUUCAUGUGACUGUCAUUGAUAUUUACAUCUGCAAAGGAAGUGAUGUUUUCACCCAUGUCUCUUUGUUUAUUAAUUUAUCAGCCAUUUAUCCCAAAUGGUGCAGGAAGGGGACGGAGGUGAGAGAAAUUUAUUGGGUUAAAGUGGCAGAUCCAGGAUAUUUUAUUAUCACUGAAUGUUGAGAGAUGGUUUCAAUGUGUCAGGAAAGACUGUGGAUCAAGAUGUAAAAAUCUGACAUAUUUGUGGUACAGAGAUUUAUAAGAACACAGUAUGUGGUGCAGAUUAUCAGAUGACUUCCCUUUUUCUUUUCUCUGUGUAUUACAAAAGAAUAAAAUCUCUUGUUAAUGUGUACACAGUCCUAAAUGACUGUCACUGUAAAUGGUUAUUCUUUUGUACUACGUGUAUUCAAUACUUCAGUGCAUGUGCAGUUUAUUAAAGUUUCUUGAAUCAUGA